AAAAUCGAUUUGUCGUCGCGUCCAAAACUAUCAUUUUUAUUUCAAACGUUGGGUAUAAUAAAGACACAUUGAAAGUUUUAAAUUUGGCGCUUGGACCUCUGUGUCUGAAGCCACACAGCACACCGUCACGACUUUAGCCACAAUUUGGGCAAGAACCUUUUUUUUUGUGGUGCUCCCUAGCUUUUAUUGGCGAAGCGAGUCAUUUGACCAAUUUGUGGUUCCAACUUAACCUCAAAUUCUCGGGGGUGUCGAGCUUUCAUGGGAUUUAUAGAAGAUGAGCUUUCAGAAGUCAGGAAACUUUGCGAGAAUGUCGUUCCCGGCUGCAGACUUGUGUCUUGUGUCAAGACAAUGGUGCGGGCAGAAAUAAAAAGGACAAAAUUUAAAGCACUAAUUGUUUGUAUACAAUUCACUGAAACGUACCCCAGUACGCCUUUACUAAUCGAGCUAAAAUCCAAAACGCUUUCUGAAAAGUUGCUUCAAGGCUUGACUAACGUGUGCGAACAGGAGGCCAAGAAGUAUUUAGGCAAAGCACAAGUGCUCAAUGUUAUUAAGUUCUUGAGGAGUUUUAUUGACGAGAAUCCGCUUUCUUGCUGCUAUGACGAAAUAAACUUCCUUAAAAAAACUUUAAAUGAGAAUGAUGAGUUGAAAUUGAAGCAAAAAACGUCCAGUAUUGUGCUUAAAGUAAAAAAUAAGAGUUACUUUGUGCACUGUAGGGUUGUGGUUCCUGAUGAUUAUCCAGUUAAAGCUAUUGAUAUUCAAGAUGUCUCAACAAACUUUUCACCUUCAUUCAACAGACAUAUGAUCGGGCAAGCGAAAGAAAUUGCGCGAAAAUGUGUAGAGCCCCCACUCAAGAAAAAGCCAAAUGAGCCCCCAUUUCAACCAUCACCAUCCUUAAAAAAGUCAGUUGAAUUUUUAAUCGAUUGCGUAAAGCGGCUGCCUUCAGAAAGUUGCCAAUUUUGCAAUAAAGUCUGUUUCCCUGCAGAUCCUAGAGAGUUGGAAGUGGAUGAAAAUUCACCAAAACACAUUGAGAGAAUCUACUGUGGGCAUUUGUUCCACCAAGAGUGUUUUUUCAAGUUUAUGAAAAAACCGCCUUUUGGCAACAAAAAAUGUAACACUUGUGGAUCGAGAAUUUUUCAUUUUAAAUGGUCGCUUUCUGACCGUCUUGCGGAAGACAGGUGGGCACAUGAGCAAGCUCGGGAAAGAGAGCUGCAAGAAGUAACAGAAUUUUUUAAUUAAGCGGGAAUGGAUUUAAUUAUUUUUAAUAAUCUGAGGAUCAAUAAAAUGUACCUACUUGAGCUCGA